GGGAGGGCCGACGGGGGCUCCCGCGACGUAAAUAGCCUGAGCCUGAGCCCAGGAAGGAGGUAUCAGCCCCCAGAGGAAACCAACUCGCAUCCGUUCGCAUCAAUGCUCCUCGCCCGGCUGACCCUCGCUUGCGCCGCGGGAUCGCACGCGCUCGCGGCACAACGCCUGGGGCCCGGCAUCUCGCUCCCGCGCGACUUCGCCGUCUACCCGCGAGCGGCGCUCCUCGACGACUUCGUCGAAACGCUCGACGCGGCCACCGGGGCCGGCCUGGCGCGCGUGCGCGCCACGUUCGGCGCGCCGGACCUCGCGCUCGCCGCGGCGGCGAGCGGCGCCGCCGCCGCGGGCCGCGCGGGCGCCGACGCCGACGAGGCCGCGCUGCGUCCCGUCGUGACCGCGGUCGCGCGGGCCUGGCGCCACGGGAACGUGCGCGUCCUCUCGGGCGCGGCGCGCGGCGCGCGGACGCUCGGCAGCGCGGCGCGCGCCGCGGCGCGCGGCGCGCCGCCCCCGGCGGGCGGAGACCUCACGGUGGUCGUGGCGCCGACGUCCGUCGAGCGGCUCCAGCUGGUGUGCGCGAACGCCGCGCGGGACGGCGCGUGCUUACUUCUGCUCAACCCGAGGUUGGCGCUGCCGUCGCCCGUCGCGGCCGGCGCGACGAUGGCGCCGCUGCUCCUGUCGGAUUUCGAACGAAUCUACGAGGCCUCGGCCGACGCGCUCCGCGUCGCCGGCCCCGGCGACCACGGCGUCGCGCUCCACCGCCGCUGGCCGGACAAGCGGUACCGCCUCUUCGCGCGCGACGGCGACCGCUUCGACUUCGUCGGCAACAGCGCGCGUCGGCCCGGCGCCGACCAGCUGCGGGCGAUCUACGCGGAGACGACGCGCCACCGCGUCUACGACGGAAGCUAGGUAUUUUCAACAUGCUUAGUAGAUAUCCCCCGGGCCGUGCGCGGAAAGGAGCGGG